AACGGUACAAACUUCGAAAUUCUUUGUGGACUAUACAAAAAUACAAAAUCAAGACAGAACAACGAUAUCAUGUUAACUGUUGCAUUAUAGCUUAUAGGUACUACUUUAAUUUGCAAAUUCAGCCAAAAAGAUACCAUGAUCACUAAGUUCAUUUUGGCAUAUUUGGCUUUGAGCAUAGUCAACACUGCCUAUGCGGACGAGUUCAAAUGUCAGACGUUUGCUGACGGAUCAGUUUAUCCAUCCAGUACUAUUGAAUCCACUAAUCACAAAUUGCAGUAUACUAAAGCACUGAUAUCAAAACCAGCGCCUGAUUGGAAGAGCACAGCUGUAAUUAAUGGUUCAUUGCAGGAGCUAAAGCUAAAAGAUUUCCGCGGGAAGUAUUUAGUGUUUUUUUUUUAUCCUUUGGACUUCACAUUUGUUUGUCCAACAGAAAUAUUAGCUUUCAACGACCGCAUUGAGGAGUUUAAAAGGAUUGAUACAGAAGUUGUGGCAGCAUCAGUGGACUCGCAUUUUACACAUUUAGCUUGGGUGAAUACACCACGAAAAGAUGGUGGUUUGGGCAAUUUGUCAAUCCCAUUAUUAUCAGACAUGACUCAUAAAAUAUCCAAAGAUUACGGUGUUUAUUUGAGUGACGUUGGUCAUUCUUUAAGGGGACUGUUUAUUAUAGACAAUAGAGGUAUUCUCAGACAAAUAACAAUGAAUGACUUGCCAGUUGGCCGAAGUGUAGAUGAAACUCUAAGACUAGUACAAGCAUUUCAAUAUACAGAUAUGCAUGGAGAAGUAUGUCCUGCUAAUUGGAAACCUGGCGAACAAACGAUAAUUCCUGACCCUAUUAAGAAGAAACAAUAUUUUGAUAGACUGAUUGAAUUAUAAUUCACCUGUGGUGAUCUCAUAAUUGCCAAGACAUAAUUAUUUAUUACUUAUUAAGCAUCACAAAGACACAAACUUACAUAUAAUAAUUUUUUUUUAUUUAAACA